AUGGCGGCCCGUCAGACCUCGGCCGGGGUGGGGCACGUCGUCGUUGUCGGCGGCGGCCUGGCCGGCAUCGCGGCCGCGUGCGAGCUGCUCGAGUGCGGGUGCUCCGUGACGAUGCUGGAGAAGAUGCCCAGCCUCGGCGGGAACUCCUCCAAGGCCACGUCCGGGAUCGCGGUGCCUGGGAGCAGGCUGCAGUCCGAGACGUACGGCCUACAGGACGACGGCGCAGACCUCGUCCAGCAGGGCGCGGGCGCUUGGCUGAAGGGGGCCCCGGGCGACGUGGAGUGGUUCCUAAACAGCCUUGGGCUCCAGGACGAGCUGGUGCUGAGGCAGACGCCUGGACACAAGGUGAUGCGCACCAUCGGCACGAAGCACAACUUCCCCGGCAUGGUCAUCACUUAUGCGGCCACCAAUCACCUGAGGCGCAUAGCAGAGACGCACACGGCUAAAGUCAAGAUCAUCACGCGCGCGGAGGUGAAAGGACUUGCCAUCUCUGCUGGCCAGGUCUGCGGGGUGACCUACCACAGGACACUCGAAGAUGGCAAAAUCGUCAGCGAAACUCUCUCAGGUCCCGUGGUGCUUGCCACGGGAGGCUACUGCGGGGACAAGUCGGCGCAAGGAUUCCUUCACCGGUACAGGGGAGACCUCAGGCAAUUGCCGACCACAAACGACGAGCGCAGCAGCGGCGACGGCAUUAGGCUGGCCCAGUCGAUGGGCGCGAAGCUGGAUCGCCUCCAGGACGUGGACCUCGUUCCGACGGCGCUGGUGGACCCGAGCGACCGAGGCAGCUCCCUGAAGCUGAUCGCCUCGGACUCCAUCCUGGGCGCGGGGGGCGCCAUCCUGGACGCCGCGGGCGGCCGUCCCUGCGACGAGCGGGGCCCCAAGCAGGACGCGGUGGCGAGGAUGGCGAGGGCCAGGGGCCCGUUCCGGCUGGUGAUCGGCACCGACAAGGCCGCUCCGCUGGAGUGGAUGAUGGAGUUCUACCAGAAGAACAAGCUCAUGCGGAAGCUCGGGUCUGGGGGCUCCGGGGGCGUCUCGGCGCUCGCCAGAGAGAUGGGCGUCAAGCAGGCGGCGCUGCUGAAAUCGCUCAAGGACGUCGUCGACCAGGACGGGGAGCUCUUCGUCGGCGAGGUGACGCCCGCCGUGUACUCCUGCGCAGGGGGCAUCUGCACCGACCCGACCACGUCCCAGGUCCAGGGCUCCGCCGGCCCGAUCAAGGGCCUCUUCGCAGCUGGCGAGGUGGCGGCGUCCCCCGAGUCCGCCGUGUGGGCCAUCUCGGGGGUGCCGCUCAUGCAGUGCAUCGCCACGGGCCGUGCGGCAGGCAGGAGCGCCGCCGCUCUGGCUCUGGAGGGCGCCGGCGCGGCACGCCAGGACCUGCGGCAGCUGAUCCUCAGCUCGCUCAACGCCGCGCUGGGCGCGGAUGCGGCCUCGCCGUCGAAGGCGUCGCCAUCGGACAAGCCGCUGGAGGAGCUCUCGAAGGAGGAGCUGAUCGCGAAGGUGAAGGACCUGCAGAUCAAUGGGGCCGUGGCCGCGCCGGCCACGGACGCGGCGUCCGCCGGCCCGCCGCCGAUCACCCUCGAGGACGUCGCGAAGCACAACACCAAGGACGACGCCUGGCUUGUGGUGAAUGGCGACGUCAUCGACGUGACCAAGUGGGUCCCAAUCCACCCAGGCGGAGAGCAGGCCAUCGCGGCGUACUUCGGAAAGGACGCCACCGAGGAGUGGAACAUGAUCCACAAGAAGGACAUGGUCCAGAAGAACAUCUCCAACCUCACGAUCAUCGGCAAGCUCGGCUCCGGUGGCGGCGGUGCUGGCGCCGCCGCCGCCGCCCCGGCCAAGGGCGACGGCAUCGAGCUCGCCGAGGUGGCUAAGCACAACACGAAGGAGGACGCGUGGAUCGUGGUCAACGGCCAGGUGCUGGACGUGACCAAGUGGAUCCCGGUGCACCCUGGCGGCGAGCAGGCCAUCAUGGCGUACCUGGGCCAGGAUGCCUCGGAGGAGUGGAACACGAUCCACAAGCCGAACAUGAUCGAGGCCAACCUGUCGAAUCCGAACGGCCCCGUGGUCAAGGGCAAGUUCGCGGGCGGAUCGGCGGCCCCGCCCCCGGUGGCGAGCGGCGGCGACGACGAGCUGCCGGCGCCUGACGGGCCCGGCUGCAUGCCGGGCCCAGUGGGGGCCCUCUUCUACAUGGUCCUCAACGUACUGAGGCUCAUCAUGAAGACGAUUCUGUUCACAGGGAACUUCCACUUCAGUUUCGACAACAACCGCAACGGCACCAUCCGCUCCGCCAUGUUCCUGCUCUUCUUCACGAUCGUCCACGCUGGUGGGAACGUGAUGGACCUGCUCGUCAACAACCGGCCAGAGGAAGUAAAUGGCGAGGGAUACCUCAUUGAGGACAGGAUGGGCUGGACAGGCGGCGGCAUCUGCUUGCUGGAGGAGUACACCGUCCUGUGCUUGGCGCUCCACGUCGCUGUCGCAUUGAAGCGGUCCUGGGACAUCUCGCUGAAUUACUGCGUCUACACGGGACGCUGGAACAUGCUGCUGUCUGGUCUGACGGUCCUCUCGUUCCUGUUCAAACAUCUAACCGACAUCCGGCUGUACCAGCACUGGACCUGCGCCGCUGUAUACCCGCCGAAGUACUUCAUCGCUUACGACAAGGUCUUCUCGGGGCACCUGUUCAGCGAGCCGGUGGCUCCAGGCCUUGCGCCGCCUGAGGGCGUCACGCCGGUGGCGGUCCACGACGUGUACACGCGGGAGUACGAGCUCUUCGGCGACCUCAACACUGUCCUGUUCUACUCUGCCUGCGUGAUCGUCUUCAUCUGCCACAUGGUCUGGGGGUGGAAGAAGCUGGUCCCCGCGGACACGUUCCAGAUCCCGAAGGAUCACGUCAAGGUGGUGACGUACCUGGGCCAGGGCCUCGCAGUGACGCUCGGCUGCAUGUACCUGUCUCUGGUGUGGUUCGUGUACCUGACCGUCCUGCCGGAUGGGAAGGGGCCCUUGGCUGAUCAGGUGGUCGUGAUGCCAUGCCCUAACGAGUGA